AUGGCUCCGUGGUUACUAUCGGCCGCUGUGGCAUUGUUGCAGCUCUUGCCCGAGACUGCAGUUGCCCAGGAUGUUGCUUCGCCAUUCACAAAGGCUUCCAAUGAUUCGCUUCUCUGGGGUCCCUAUCGUCCUAACUUGUACUUUGGUGUGAGACCAAGAUUGCCAAAGAGCGUGCUUACUGGCUUGCUGUGGGCAAAGGUCGAGGACUUUGCUUCUGUCCAAAACAACUUCAGAUACACAUGCGAGCAACACGAGGGUAUGGCCGGCUACGGCUGGGAUGCAUACGAUCCCAGGACUGGUGGUUCUCAGACCAUUCACGAUGCUGGCAACCAGAUUGACAUCACCACCGACUUUGUCAAGUUCCCCGAGCAUGGCUCUAAUGGAGGCUCCUGGGGUGCAAGAAUCAGAGGUGUGCCGAGAGAGGAUGCUGCAGAGGACCUCAAGUCAACCAUCGUCUUCAACAUUGGCGUCGAGGGUCUCGGAAGCUUGGUCGUCGACAACGCCGAAGACGAGGACAACGAGAACGGCUUUGAUGGCCAAGUUGUCAUUGCUGGAGAGACUCCUGAGUUGGGCACGUUCACUGUCACGAUUGUGGACCGUAAGGGAGAGAAGCCUACUCACAUUCAUCCCUCGUUCCAGGAGAAGCCCAUCGACAAGACUCUGGUCCACAGUGUGCAGAUCCCUGAGGCUGCUCUAUGGCAGGCUAAGCCCGUCCUGUUCUCCUCGAUGAAGACGACUCUCGACAAGUACAUCGAGGUCUACACGGCCGAAGCCAUGCCUCCCCCGAUGCAAGCUUUCACCAUUUCCAAUGCUCCCGGUGCUGGUAACAUGCACUUUGUGCAAAAGGUCUUCGAGGGCGCAUUCGAAUUCGAUGUCAUCUUCUCGUCGGGUUCCGGCUCUACGCCCAUCAAGUCGGCAGAUCUGUCAGAGAAGAUCGAGACAACCAUCAAAUCCUUCUCCGAGCGCUUCAUCCAGUCAUUCAAGCCCCAGCAACCCUUCAGCGACAAAAAGUACACCGGCCUAGCCAAGUCACUCUUCUCCAACUUGAUCGGAGGUAUUGGUUACUUCCACGGAGAUUCCGUCGUCGACCGCUCGUAUGCACCCGAGUAUGAGGAAGAGAACGAAGGGUUCUGGCAGGAAACGGCAGAAGCAAGAGCAAGGAACCAACAAAAGCUCGAAGGACCUUAUGAGCUCUUUACCGGCACACCAUCCAGACCCUUCUUCCCUCGUGGUUUCCUCUGGGAUGAGGGUUUCCAUUUGCUUCCCAUCAUCGACUGGGAUGUAGAUCUUACUCUACAGAUCAUCAAGAGUUGGUUCAACCUGAUGGACGACGAUGGCUGGAUCGGUCGCGAACAAAUUCUCGGUCCCGAGGCUCGCAGCAAGGUGCCUCAAGAGUUCCAGACUCAGUACCCUCACUACGCCAACCCUCCCACUCUCUUCUUCGUCAUUCACUCGUUCCUCGACAAGAUUGCUGCUGCAAAGUCUGGCCAAAAAGUUCUGGGUUCCGAUAAUGCUAACGGCGUUCUCGCCAAUCCUGAGGCUGCUUUGCAAUACCUCCGCGAUCUGUACCCCCUCCUGAAGAAGCACUACGAAUGGUUCCGUAGAACUCAAGCUGGUGAUCUCAAAUCCUAUGACCGUCCCGCCUUCUCAAAGAAGGAAGGCUACCGCUGGAGAGGAAGCACCAAGACUCAUCUCUUGACUUCCGGUCUUGAUGACUACCCUCGUCCUCAGCCUCCUCACCCCGGCGAGCUUCACGUCGAUCUGAUGUCCUGGAUGGGCAUGAUGACCCGCGCUAUGAAGCGCAUUGCAACCACUCUCACCGAGGAAGACGAUGCAUCAACCUACUCGAAGAUUGAAAAUGCCAUCAUCCGCAACCUCGACGACCUUCACUGGUCCGCUGAUGAUCAAGCAUACUGCGAUGCCACUGUCGACGAGUACGAAGAGCAUGCCCUCGUCUGUCACAAGGGUUACAUCUCACUCUCGCCUUUCUUCGCUGGUCUCAUGGCGCCAGACCACCCUCACCUCGGCGAAGUCCUCAACCUCAUCAGCUCACCCGAGCACCUUUGGUCUCCUCACGGCAUUCGCUCCCUCUCUCCUCAGGAUGAGCUCUACGGCACCGAAGAGAACUACUGGCGUUCCCCUGUGUGGCUUCCAAUCAAUUACCUCGUUGUCAAGGAGCUCUUCAACACUGCUUCGGCUGCUGGGCCUCACCAAAAGCGUGCAGCCAAGAUCUACACCGAUCUCCGCAAAAAUCUCGUUGACACGGUUUUCAAGUCUUGGGAAAAGACUGGCUUUGCUUGGGAGCAAUACAACCCUGAGACUGGUGAUGGACAACGUACACAGCAUUUCACUGGCUGGACUAGUCUGGUUGUCAAGAUCAUGGCUAUGCCUGAGGUGCCUGUUGUUGGCGGUACCGGUGGACAUGACGAGCUGUAG